AUGCUCCUCGUCGCCUUGCUUUUCAUUUUUUCCGUCGAAAUGACUCAAAGUGCGAAAAUCUCGGCCGUUUGCAAUUUGCUGACCACCUGCGCCAUCGAGAAAUGCCUCGAUUCAGGUACUUUUUCAGCUUUUUUCGAAAGUUUCAACACAUUUUCCCCUCUUGGGAUAGUCUGAUCUUCCUGUUUUUUAUACUUAUUACCAAAAGGGUCAUAGAAACUAGAAAAUAGCGUUUUGAUACAAGAGCGUCGUCGAAAAAAAGAAGGCUCAGAACUCUUAUAAAAAAAUUUCAAUUCUUCUUAAAAAAAUCAUUGAAAGUUUAACUUCAAAAAAAUCGGUUCAAAAAUUGUUUUUAAUUUAAAAAGAAAAACCUUUUUUUCAAACUUUUUCUUUCUGGUCCCAGGUGGAAUGGGUUUGAAACUAUUUUUUUCAGAGUUAUAAACAGAUCAAAAACUCAGAAAAAUGGAGCAGAGCUUGUUAAAAAUAUCACGCUUUUUAAAAAUAUCAACAAAAAAUUCAGAGCUUUUCAAUUUUUUCCUCACAAUCUUUAAAAGUUUGAAGAUCACAACCUUUUUGCAAUGAGAAGCAUGACCAACAAAUCUUGUCAAAAAACACAAAUUACAACACCCUUUUUGGCAACAAAGCCUCGGGCGAUUUUCGAUCUGUUGGGUUUACAGCGCUCGUCGACAGCAUUAUCGGCAGUUCCCCGCGCGAUGAGAUCUUUGGCAACCUCGUGGAAAGGUCAGCUUCAAAAUUAACAUGAAAAUUUUAAAUAAAAACAGAUGAUGAGAAAUUCCAGAUUUGACAUGGUUUGCAUCGCCUCAAAAUGCGGAAAGGAGUGCUCUUCAUGCAAACAGUGUCAUUACGCUUUGGAACAAAUGAGUGCUCUGGCUCAAGGCGAAAAAACAUGUUAGUUUUGAAAAUUAUUCUGAAAAAAAAAAUGAAUUUCCAGCUGGUCUUUGCCCAAAACUUGAGGGGUGCGUGGAAAAUUGUCUAACAGAAGACGUCAAUCAGGUCAGUUUCAAUAUACUUUCAAACAAUUGUUAUAAAUAUCGAAUUUAAGGUUCUUUCCUGCGUUGCAAAAAGAUGCAACGUUCACUGUUACGAUGGCGAUUGUCCUUCCUGCCGACAAAUGUCCAAACGCAUGUUUUCCGCAAUUUGCAAGAACACUUCUAUGACAAAGUUGCCGCAAAUUAAAUAUGAAGGUACUGAAAUUCAACAAAAAGAAAAAGAAACAAUUUUCACUCCAGGAACUUGCCCUAACUUAUUUAUGGAGCUUGCUGACGAGUACGUCGCGAAUCAUCAGAAAAAAUCGGCUUAA